UAUACCCUUGAUUUGGAAAUAACUAUGAAAUUUCUCAGGCACGUGGUAAUUGUACCUUACAACUAUGCAGAGAGUUGCCUGAAUCAUUUUCCUUAUAUUGCCAGUGAUGAGUAACAAUGAUAAAUUAAACUAUUUUCAUGCUGUAAUUUUGAUGUUCGUGGGAGAUUAGUCCAACAGUCAACACAGCAAAACGGUGAUACUGGAAAUGCUCUUCUGUAAACAGACAUCACAGAGAAAAUACCGGCCGGCUACCUACUAUGCAUGUGAGAACAUGACACUAUUAGCAAAAAUCUCUUAUCACACUACGAGGGCUUGUUAAACAUGUUAAACAAUAGACUUUACAUUUAUCAAUAAAUUCUGAUUAGCAGCUUAGCUAGCUAGUUAGCUCCUUGGCGCAAGCUUAUUAACCGACAGAGAAGCCGACACGAGUGGUUGUUGUACAGUAAAGCGAAGAUACUGCCACUGUCAGCUUAUCUUUUAGUUCGGCUAGGACUAUGAACCAUAUAUUAGAUCGAUACGAGGCAUUAAUUCUAAUCAGCUGUGCCUCCCGCAAGUUUAAGUAAGACACCAAUUUAACCGAUAUAUCUGAAAAUGGAACGUAAAGGAGACAACAUAGACAGGCCUCUUCAUCCAGCGGGUUUCGUGACAUGUGAGACCGGCUCGAACGAAGGGCUUCCGGAACGUGGCAGCAUUGAUUUCACGGUCGCUGUGGUAUUACCUGCCGGCGGAUCUGGGGAGAGAACAGGACUAUUAACCCCCAAACAGUUUUGCAAGUUCCUUAACAGACCAUUGAUAAGCUACACUAUUCAAGCUUUUGAGAGAGUAGCCUGGAUUGAAAACAUUGUUGUUGUCGUUGCCAAAGAUAACCUUGAUCUGAUGGUGAACAUUGUUCAACAGUUUGGUCACAAAAAAGUUACAGUAGUGCUGGGUGGAUCAACAAGACAUAGGUCCAUUUUCAAGGGACUUCAAGCCUUCCAGGGAAGGGGAGAUGAGUCGCCACUGACAAAACCAAAGGUGGUCAUCAUCCAUGAUGCCGUCAGACCCUUUGUUGAGGAAGACUUCCUUCUCAAGAUAGCCAUCGCUGCUAGAGAACAAGGGGCCUCUGGAGCUAUAAGGCCUCUUGUCUCUACAGUGAUUGCUACAACAUCUGAGGGGUAUCUGGACCAUUCACUGGAGAGGGUCAAAUAUAGAGCGAGUGAGAUGCCUCAGGGCUUCAUGUAUGACAUCAUCUACCAGGCUUAUGUGCAGUGUAGUGAAGCAGACUUUGAGUUUGGGACGGAGUGCCUCCAUCUGGCUCUACAGUAUUGUGGCACCAAUGCCAAACUCAUCGAGGGCCCCCCUACACUGUGGAAGGUGACCUACAAACGAGAUCUUUUUGCAGCUGAAUCAAUAAUUAAAGAGACUCUUUCCCAGACGGCCUGUGUUGUCACAGGUGUGUGCGAAGAGUCUACACAGCUAGCACACGAGCUGCAGAAUCGUCUUGGAGCGCUGGAUAUGCAGGUGGAUAUCAUCUCAACAUCACUCAGAAGUAGUGGAAAUUUCAUUUCAAAGAGCUGGAACUUCAUCCAUGUCACAGUGAGUAACUCUUACUUGGAAGAUGUACAAGAGCUGGUGAGGACAUUUGAGGAGAGUGGCCAUGCAGUCCUGUAUCCAGUUGUUCUGAUUUUGGUGCAGCUGGACGUGUCAGAGCAGUCCCCUGUGAGCGAGAGGAUGGCAACGCUGGGCGCCAUCAGAGACGUCGCAACGGAAGCGAAACGGAGAAAUAUUUUACUCUACGGCAUCCUGCUCAAUCACGUACAGGGUGCGGAAAAGUGGCAGGAGGCCAUGGAGAACCUGUCCCAAGUCACUGCUGCCCUCAUCAAGGAGCGGAACCCUGCCCUGACUGGCCAGCUGCUGUGGGUGUGAAGACCUUCUCCCUGUCACUGCUCAGUGUCUUUGGCAUCUGGGUGAACUAUGACGUGUUUAUUUCAUAUGGCCUUUUGAGACGGCACUGUACUUUACUCUCCCCUGGAGAGACACUUUACCACACUGCUGAUGAGGGCCCCGACUACAACAAGGCAGGUGGUUUUCAUAUAUGGUCUAAUGAAUUUCGUACACUACUGUCAUUAUCUGUGUAUUAUUAAAGGUUUGCA